UUCAUUUUUUACCAAAGAAAAAAAAAAAAAAAAAAAAAAUCAACUCCCUCGUUCUCAGAGAGGAUCAGCAGAUCUAAACACUCAACUCACUCUCAUUUCUCUCUCUCUCGCGCUCCCUCUCCAUUUUUUCCUCAUUUGAAUCCCAUUUCGGGAAACCCACUUUCCAAAUCACAAAUUUGACGGGCUUCUUCCCCUUCCUCUGAACCCAUGAAUCGGAGCUUCAAGGAAUCUCCGGCCGGCCCCCGGACUAUUCCGGCGGUCUCCCACCACCGCCGCGGCCGGAGCCUCACGGGGAUGCCUAGAGACGCCGAUGAAAAUCUGGAUCUCUUCUCCCGCAACCGCCGGACACUCUCCGUCGUGUCCUCCGAGGAGUCCGAAGUUCCAUUGAAAUUGGGAAGACUUUCAGUUGGAUCAGCAAAGUUGGCUCGGAGUGGAAUGGACGAUCUGCUGUCAUCAGUGGAGGGAGGGAAGCACGAUUAUGAUUGGCUUCUUACUCCUCCUGGAACUCCUCUGUUUCCUUCAUCUGAUGGAAAUGAGUCUCAACCAACCAUGCUGGCUCCAAGAAACAGUAACUUGGCUAGAUCAGCCUCUACAACUAAGGCUUCGAGGCUUUCAGUGGCACAAUCUGAGAGCAGUUACUCAAGACCGACAAGAAGCAGUUCAGUGACUCGUCCUUCCAUCUCUACUUCGCAAUACAGUACCUAUUCCUCAAGCAGAUCCUCCUCAAUUCUCAACACUAGCUCUGCUUCUGUCUCAUCUUAUACUAGACCAUCCUCUCCCAUUACCCGCUCUUCAUCUACAGCAAGACCUUCCACACCAUCGGCUCGUCCAACAUCGUCAAGAUCCUCAACUCCUUCUAGAGCCCGUCCAGGCCUUACCAGCUCUUCCAUUGACAAACCUCGCCCAUCCCCAAACUCAAGGCCCACCACUCCAAGUUCUAGGCCACAACUCCAGGCAAACUUAAGUUCCCCAGCUGCCCGGUCAAAUUCUCGGCCAUCAACUCCCACUCGUCGGACUCCAGCAGCCUCUUUGUCUCCAACGGCUGGUCCAUCACCCUCCACUGCACGUGCUAUGUCAAAUGGGCGCAAUCCAGCACCAGCUUCGCGACCAAGCUCACCUAGCCCACGAGUCAGAAACCCACCGCAGCCAAUUGUUCUCCCUGAUUUUCCACUUGACACACCACCAAACCUGAGAACAACUUUGCCAGACAGGCCUCUUUCUGCAGGUAGGUCCCGACCAGGUGCUGCCAUGACCAUGAAGGGGAACUCAGAGACCCCAACAAGAAGACAGUCGUCACCAAUUGUUACUAGGGGAAGAGUUUCAGAGCCCAAUGCAAGGGGCCGUCUGCAUUCCAAUGGCCAUGUUGCUGAUAGCCCUGAGUCUCGAAAGGCUUCACAUGUUACUGAGCCCUCGCGGAAACCUGUAAAGACUUCAACAACAUCCUCAGAGAGCACUGGCUUUGGAAGGACCAUCUCAAAGAAAUCACUCGACAUGGCUAUCAGGCAUAUGGACAUAAGAAAUGGCACGGGAAGCAUUCGUCCACUCUCAGGCACGACCCUGUUUCCCCAGAGCAUUCGGUCUGCAGCUUCCAAAACCCAAUCUGCUCGUGCUUCAAGUGCUUCAAGUGCUCCAGCAUCUGUCAACAGCAACGGAAGCCUGCCUGCCAGCAACAAUGGUGUCCCCUCAGAGAACGGAAACUAUUUCACUAGACCCUCAGAAAAUGGAGCUGAAGAAGAUGAUGGUCGGUUCUCUGCAAAGCUGAAUCAAACAGACAUCUAUGAGAGCUCCAGGUAUGAUGCAAUUCUGCUUAAAGAAGACUUGAAGAACACAAACUGGCUACACAGUGUUGAUAAGUCUGAUCAAGGACCCAUCUUUGAUAACGGAUUUGAACAGCUGCCUGAACCUUUUGGCCUCUUAUAACCUCUGAUGCAUGGGUGUUCCAUAUGUUAUUUAUUUAUUUUUCUCAAUCUUUAUUCUAUUUUCUCUAAAUUAUUUGGCUAUUCUUAAAGAACCGAAUCGUUUGAUUCUGCAAUUAAACUAUGAGAAAGGUGUCUUCCUAUCUCUUUGUUCUUAACAUUAAUCCCUUAAAUCAGCAAGAGUGAAUAGUAGACAUGUUCAAACAGUUGUUUUCUCUCUUCUAUAGUUUGCAAUAUAUGCUGAAAAUUAGAAGAUUGUAACUUUGGA